AUGCCCCACGCCGACUCUUCCUACUUUGCGGCGGGAUCCUCAAAGGAUCAGGUGUAUGAACAAGUCCUCGAGCAGGCGCAGGGAUUGCUUACGGGGCAGCGCAAUUGGGUAUGUAACUGUUCUGUGACGUCCCUGCUCUGGCACGGCUACGCAGCGUUACCAGAGCCCUCGUCAGCCGUCAACUGGGCCGGCUUCUACAUACGCGACGACCUGUUCCCGACGACGAGGUCAAACAGUGGUGGUGUCUCAGGCGAAAACAAGAAGCUCUUGCUCGGCCCCUUUCAGGGCAAGCCGGCCUGUCAGGAAAUCAAGUUCGGUCGCGGGGUGUGCGGUACAGCAGCAUUUAAAAAGGAGACUGUGGUGGUGGCCGAUGUGUUCGAGUUUCCGGGGCAUAUUGCCUGCGAUGCCGACAGUCGGAGUGAGAUUGUUGUUCCGAUUUUGUUUGGGGGAGAGACGGUCGCAAUCAUCGACAUUGAUUGUGCGCAGCCGGCAGGGUUCGAUGAGGUUGAUCGGAAACAUCUCGAGAAGCUGGCGGCGCUGAUUGCAGAGAGCUGCGACUGGUGCCACGGCACCGACAGCAGCAGCACCCAUAUCAAUAACUCUUUUAUCGAUCUAUGUUUUGAGCAACCUACUACGACUACUACCUCUGAUUCUUCUGAUAUACCCCAUCGCGUGCCAUCAUCAUGGUCAGAUCCUUGCCAAGUGGUCUCUACUGUGGAAUCACUUGAGCAAUUGCCUGGCUCUUUUGACUUUGACUUUCUUUUUGCUCCGACUACUACUACUUCGUCUACAUCAUCUCAUACCGCGUCAAUAUCUCCUGGUCAGACCGACCUACCUCUUGAUUUUUCUUCGCACGAAUUCGAUCACACUCUGGAUCUGACUCCACAGCACUGGUUCCCCGACCUCGGGGGUGUUGGAGAGCAUACCGCAGACAUGCUUCACCAUACGCCUGGCGGCGGCUCGUCUGCCUCGGCGCUGCUGAGCGGUCACUCGGCCUCUCUUGACAUGGUCAGUCUGGAAAUGGAUCGCUUUGCUGCUUCUACAACUUCGACUCAUUUUGACAACUCAAACCACACCACAUCACCGGACUCGAUGACUUCGCUUCCUUACUCUCGAGACCGGCCUCUACUGGCUCCAAAACAAACUACUACUAUUACUACCCCACCUUCCUCCUCCUUGUCUGCAUCUCCGUCUGUGAGCUUGAUCGACACUGCGACGACGGCAACGAACAAAAGUGCCACAACCGGUAAAAAACGGUCGCGCGCUGAGUCUGCCACCGUCGCCGUCGACUCGAGCAACAACAGCGUAGAGGAUUCGGAAGAAGAGCGAGCUGUGGAGAAGCGCCGUCGCAACACGAUGGCGGCUCGACGCUUUCGCAAACGGAAAUUGGAUCAUGUCUCUGAAUUGGAGUCCAAGUUGGCCAAAGUAACCGGAGAGAGAGAUGAGUUGAAGUUGCAGAUUGCAAAGUGGGAGGGCGAGGUGAUGGCGUUGAGAAAGUUGAUGGAGAGGAAGGAUACUUAG